CGGCCCCAAACCGGAAGUGGAGCUUCCGGCCUCCCGGGAGGCGGGAUGGCGGCUCGAGCGGCGCUGCUGCUUCUGCUGGGGGCGGCGGGAGCCGGACCUGUCCCCGCCCAGGGCUCCCGGGGGGACCGGGAACCCGUCUACCGCGACUGCCUGAACCACUGCGAGAGGCGCAACUGCUCCGGGCCCGGCUUGAGGCACUUCCGCUCCCACCAGCCGCUCUACAUGAGCCUCACAGGCUGGACCUGCAGAGAUGAUUGUAAAUAUGAAUGUAUGUGGCUUACAGUGGGGCUUUAUGUCCAGGAAGGCUACAAAGUGCCUCAGUUUCAUGGAAAGUGGCCCUUUUCCCGUUUCCUGUUUUUUCAGGAACCAGCUUCUGCCUUUGCUUCGUUACUUAAUGGACUUGCCAAUUUGGUGAUGCUGAACAGAUACAAAGCUCUUGUCCCUCGUUCUUCUCCCAUGUACCAUACCUGUAUCGCCUUUGCUUGGGUUUCAUUAAAUGCCUGGUUCUGGUCUACAGUUUUUCACACUCGAGAAACAAACCUAACUGAGAAAAUGGACUACUUCUGUGCAUCAGCAGUCAUCCUUCAUUCUGUUUACUUGUGUUGUGUCAGAACCCUGGGUCUAAAAUAUCCAACCUUCGCCACUGCCUUUGGGGGCUUCCUGCUCCUCUUCCUGGCCUGUCACGUCUCGUACCUCACACUCGUGCGCUUUGACUAUGGUUACAACAUGGCUGCUAAUGUGGCAAUUGGCCUCCUCAAUCUUUUCUGGUGGCUGGGCUGGUGCAUGAGGAACCAGCAACGCCUGCCUUAUGUCUGGAAGUGUGUGGCAGUCGUGCUGCUGCUCCAGGCAUUGGCUCUUCUAGAGCUUCUGGAUUUCCCCCCCUUGUUUUGGGUCUUCGAUGCCCAUGCCAUCUGGCACAUCAGCACUAUUCCUGUCAACAUCCUUUUCUACAGUUUCCUUGUUGACGACAGCCUGUAUCUUUUGAAGGCCAACUCUGAUGUACUUAAAAUAGACUGAAGCCUUUGGUGGAACAUUGCUUGGAGCAGGGCAUUAUACUUUCUGGAAAAUACCCAUAAAUUACUUCCAUCAUCCAAGGAGUGCACUGCUUUAGGCCUACUUUGUUCUGAGAAUCUGUGAUGACUGGCACUAAUUUCUGUCCUUUUACAUCUAAAGCAUCCAUAUUCAGAUUCUGUUGCCAUGAUAUAAUAAACAGACUGCCUUCUUUCCUAGCAAUAUCAGGAUAUAUACCAUUUUCCAUGGAACCUGAUUUCGAUUCCUCAUUUUGCCUUCCCAACUCGUUUCAUGCCUCUCUGGGGAGAACAGGAACUAUUUUGCUUGUUCUACUCAAUUUUUUCUUUUCUGAGUGGCUUUCUUGGAAUUAGGUUUUGCUAACAGGGCUUCAAAAACAGCAUUGAAAAUGGCAACAGCUACUUUGUGAAAGUGGAGUUUGUGCUGCAACCUUCUAUGCUUGACUUGAAGGAUCAAUUGUUUCUGAAAAAGAGUUGUGUUAUGCUGCUUUGCUGAGAGGUAGGGCCAGCCCUACCAUUAGAUAGAGUUGAAACAGCCACCUUAGAUAGUAGAUAUGGAUAGUAGAUAUGAGAAGCAAGCGGAACUGUGUGUGCCAUAAAACCUGCCCUGGACUCUCUAAUUUAACCUGCUGUCCUCAGAUGCAGUAAGAAACAUCUCUUCACCAGUGUUUCAUGCCUCUCUGGGGAGAACUGAUAUUCUGGUCAGAUUAUGUGCAUGAAAUGGAGGAAGGCACAUUAUUGGCCUCAGACAAUAAAUGUAUGAGACUGGCCUUAUUGACAAGACCAUUUCCCUCUUUCUUUGCUGAAGUAUCAGAAACUUUUGCUAAAAGAGCUCCACUUCUGCUGUAGAAAGAAAAACAACAUUGAUUCUAGGUUGUUGUGACUGCUUUUAAACAAACAACAGCACAUAGUGCUAGAUUCAACCCUUGUAGAAGACAUGUUCUCUUAACACUGAAGCUUUCAUCCACACGUAUAUCCCAUCCCAAUUAUAAUUAAUUUCUCCUUGUUGGCGUGGAUACGCUGUACAUGCUCAGAGACACUCCAUUAGUAUUACUAUAGCACAUGGUCCAGAGAACUUAAUCCUGAAUAUGGGGUCUAAGCCAUGGCCCAAAUUAUGGAUGGAGAAAAUCUUAAGGAUUUACUUGACUGAAAACAAAUAUCAACAAGUUGAAUACAAAUAUCAACAACAAGUUGAGAUGAAUGCUGUGAAUUUUUAAUCAAAGAGACUAUUCUUACCUAAAACCUAUUUAAGAAUCAAACUGAAAUGCAAGCCAGAUCUAGCAAAGAAAUAAGUAGCAUUUAUCUUUUUCAUCUGCUCUCUAUUUUUAAAAUAGCGAUAUAGACACUGUGGACUAGAGUGGGGGUUGAGCAUGUGGACAGUAAAAUUUGCUUUCCUAUCUCCAGCAAAACUCCAUCCAGGCCAUCAGCAUCAGCCUCCAGUCAGCUGCUACUGAGAAGUUCACAAGCAAGGCCUGAUGUGAAGAUUCUUCCUCUGCUGCCUCUCCCCAGAAUUUUUGAAGUCUAUUGUCUCAGGUUCUCUUUUUGGCUGCUCUGGCUAGGUAUUGUCACUGGACCAAUGGAGUCCCACCUGAAUUCAGUUCACAAAGCCUAAAGAUUUCUUGUUUACUUUUUGCGUACGUACAUCUUCUUUUUGUCUUUUGGAAGAGCUUAAAGUUAAGAGUCCCUUCUGGUCUGGGACUGAAAGCAAAAAGCUGCUUUCAAGGAAGUGAUUUCUUGCACCUUCCUAGAGAGGCAUCUUCUAAUCUUUGCACAUCUCUGCCGCCUUGAAAUGACAUCAGAUUCGGCACUGCAAGUUCAGCAAAGUCAGCUGGAACACAUGAAUAUGUUCUGCCUCUUAGGAAAAUCUUCUGGAAGAUAACACAGAAGAUGAAGCAGGAGGAGGCCUGAAGUGCCUUUUGUGCAAGGAGUGCCAAAGUGUUCCAAAGUUACACAGGAAAACAAAAGAACCAAAGUUUUAAAAGGAAAAAAAGGCCGUCUGGAUUGCCAAUGUAGUUGUUGGGACUUUAAUCAGCCACCAGGUGGCAAUGGAUGAUAAUUCAUCAGUGCUUUGAAAGACUCCUUUAAUUGGGAUCUAUCUGAUAAUAGACUUGGGUGUUAUUCAUAUUUUAUUUUAAUACAGUUUUCUUUUCUUUUCCAAACUAGGGAUGUCUUUAGAAGACUGUUAAGGGUUACUCAAUGAGCAGAUCAGCAGUGGCACUGUUUGCUAAACAUUACUUUUUGUCUUUUGCAGGACAUAGCUACAGAGUACCUUGGUAUGCCCAUGGUUGAAGAGUUCUAUGUAAUCUGAGUGUGUGACUUCUUGAUCAUGCCCCAGAAUUCUUUGCAAUUUACUGGGGUUCUCUGGCACCUGGGUUACUGUGUAAAGAGUUUAAUGAAGGUAGGAAGUUCAAAAAAAUCUGUUUCAAUGGGUAACAUUUACAAUUAUAAUUUUCACUAGAUCCAAGAAGAAAACGAUUGGAAAGACCAGGAGGUUAUGUUUCAUUGUGAUUCCCUAUCCCACUCUUGCUGGCAGGGCCCCAUGCCUCUAUAGGCUGUGUGACAGGCAGACAUUCAGGACUCAGCUAUCUCCACCAUUGCCAUAUCUCCAUGUCAAGAAAUAGAGUUGGUAAUGCAGUGCUUCUCAGGAAAUAUGAUGUAGAAAUGAUGUGCAAUUAUUUUUUUCUGGCACUAAAUUUGUUCCCGUUGGCUACAGUUGUUUCCUUCUUCCCUGGAAACUUUGCAGGGGCCAGCAGCCCAUGGCUCAUUGACCAACAGCAGUCAAAGGACCACUACUCUGAGUAGCACUGGUGUAAUGAAGUCAAAGACAUAGCCAUGUUAGUCUGGAAAAUCAGUAUGCAAACUGGUGUAAUAGUAUAUUAGACUGGGACUUGAAAGAUCUGGGUUCAAGUCUUCAUUUAGUUGAAAGUCAAUGAUUGAUCUUGGGCAGCCUGAUCUGCCUCAGAGGAUUCUUAUGGAAGGAGAAUUAUUGAGCUGGUUGGAGGAAAAGUAGGAUAUAAACAUAACAGAUAAAUAAAAUAACACAACCUUCAUGACUAGUCAAGUUCUCCCUGUUCCAGAGCUGCUCAAGGCACAAGAACUUUGCCAAGAAAAGGAGGAAAAGCGGCAAAUCUUUUUUUCUAACUCUAUGGCAGGAUUUGUUCUUUCCAGUGAACAUGGAUAGAGCUCACUCUGCCAAAGAGGUUAAACAAGGGGAUCCAAACAGGUUGGCUUACAUUGUCAGGCUGUCAGAGAAGGUGGCAAAAAUAAAUGUAAACUUGUUUCAGUUGGUAUAGAUAUGCCUGAUAUCUGGCACAGGUGUAGUUGCCAGACCCAAAACAUAGCUGGAGCAAGGGCAAGCUGUGUCUGUUGGAUUUGCAACAGUGUAAAGACCAGGGGGGUAUAAUUAUCUGUCCCAGCCUAUCACACAAAUUUAGAAUUUAGCAUUUGGUUAAAUCUUGUAUGGAAAUUUCAGGAUUCUUGCCUAUAAGAAACCAAUCAUGCAAUUUCAUGCAUUCCUACUCUGUCUGGCUGCCAUUGUACAAUCAGGGAAAUACCACUGAUUGCAGGUCUAGAGAUCAGGGUUCAAUUCCCCACUCAGCCAUGGGCCACUGGGCAACCUUGGGCAAGUCACACACUCUCCCAGAAAACCCUGUGAUAAGUUCAGCUUAGGGUUGCCAUAAAUUGGAAAUUACUUGAAGGCACACAACAAAGGAGGUAUUGACAACCUCCUUCUGUAGUGUUUAAAAACAUUUGCAUUACACAAAUCAAGAGGAUUCCAGCCAUGAAUCACUUGAUGCUAAUAUUAGACAUCUGUCUACGUGUUUGGCUAACUUUCUCAGUCUGAUGCCUUCCAGAUUUGGGCUAAGAUCUCCAUCAUCCCCAGCUAGCAGGGCCAGUAGCUAUCAUGGCAAGGGAUGUGGGUGUUGCAGUCGAGCACAGCUGGAAGGUAGGGGACCAGGUUGAGGAAGGGUGAAGGAUGACAUAUAUCAGAGAUGUGAAACAUGUUGAACAUUCAGAAGCCACAUGUGCCAGAGACAGAAGAAAUCCCAUUUGUUGGUAAGGUGCUGCUUGUCCAUGUCUCAACUCAUUUCCACUUAGCCAGGGCUGAAUUGAGAGGAAGAUGUGGCAGACAGGUCUCUGCUUUCUCUUCUAGUACAAUCCCCCUCGAAACCAGUGUAAUGCAUGGAAAGCCAACCAGCUAAAUUGGCAGAGGGAGUAGAGAGUAUAAAGUUCAAUCAUUGACACAGCAGGAGAAACCAGCUUUCUGUCCUCUUCACCCAGUUGCCAGGGGCAACUUUUGAGCCUCCAGGAAAUUUUUGCAUGCCUGCUUUUAUAUAGUAGCCACCUUCACGAUUAACUCUUAAUCCUGUCACUACAAUCCAAAAGCCCCCCUUCUAUGGUGGCCCAGUUUCUAGGAACUGUACAUUCCACACAAGCUUUGCCAGCCCUUUUGGCUGAGAGCUUGGAAACUGGACGGCUGCUGAUGACCUGUUCAGACUUGCAUCAAAGGCCGUGGCAUUUGUUGUGAAGGUCAGAGAACGUCAGAGAGCUGCUUCCCUAAAUCCAUUGAGGCAAAGCUCUUGGUCUCUGGGCAGCAAUGAUGGUAACCUUAUUGUUGUUGAGCCCUUGCUUUGUAUGCAGAAGCUCCUGGGUUCACAUCCUGGCAUUUCCAGCAAAAAGUACAAAGCAGAAAGACUUCUGCCUGGAGCAGUUCUGUUAAAGCAGGCAGUCCUGUGUUGGGCAGAUAAAUAGGCUACAAUUCUGAUGAUGAUAUAUGCAGGCAUAACCUUUGAUUAUGUAUAUAUGUGUGUGUAUGUGUGUGUUUUGGGGAUGUUAUGGAAGAAGGUAUGCCCUAGUAUGGAGCAGCAGCAAUGAGAGGAGAGGUUGGCAAGCCCAUCUCAAUGCCCUGAGCCACCCAUUGGCUAUGGGAUGCAUAUGGCCACAUUCUGGCUGCCUUCACACACUCAGAGAAGAAAGAGGAGAAACUUCACCUUCUUCAUUGUAAGGGAGCAGCUUCACAAUUGUGGAGGAAGCUUUGCUGGAGGCAAGUAGAGCCAGAAUACCCUGAGGUUCACCCUUUUGCCAAUUGGUGCCCAAGAAUACAGAACUGUAUUCACAAGCCCCCCCCCCCAUGGCAUCAGUGCACUGAUGAAGCUUUCAGACAGUGUGCUUCUGGGAUCUCAGCCAUAGUCUGACUUGUUAUAAAGCAGGUGCCAACGUUUCUAUCACUGUGGUUGAAAACCCAGUGAAAUGAUAGAAUGAGUGCCUUCUACUGCUGAGCUCAAGUUCUUUAUCAAGAGAAAAUACCUGUGGUCUCUUCCAACUUUAUGAUUGUAAGAGCUACAUUUUGCAAGCACAGUAAAUUAUACAGAGUAUACAUGUAUGUAUUUUUCCUGAUAUGUACUGCUUUUUCUUUGGCUGGGUCUGUUUCUGCUAUUUAUGAGCACAAACAAAAAGUUGUACUGCCUGGGGGAUCUUGAAAGUUGUUGUCCAGCCCAUCUGCAGGACAUCAUGUUGGGGAAAGCUGGGUUAUAUUGUGCAGGAUUGAACUGUUCUGUGGGAAUGUCAUUGUCUGCCACUGCUGGAGUAUCAGUUUCCAAAUCAAAUGUUUUGAGACUUAAGUCUCAGCUGAUGUAUGUUGCAAUUCCAAUUAAAAAAAGAAUGGUAAUUAAAUUUAA